GUCACCUGACCAGGUGACAUCACGCAGGUGUCAACACUCUCUAUUUGAAGUGGGGAUGGUAUUACGACAAAGACCAGGAGAAGCGACAUCCGUGUGCAUGUCGUUGUUCACGUCUGCAGUCAUGACUUGUAAGACGAGAUGGAUUCAGCUGUUGCUGCUUUUGUGUUGGAUGCGGACCUGCUUGUCUGUGAACAGCUGUGCCUCAGACAGAGGCUUCACUGGCACAGAGACCAACAGUGGGGUGUGCCUCAGCUCCCAUGCCGAAGAUAUCCUGACCAGUCGUCUGACAACAGUCUUCCUCCCAGUUGUCUACAUCAUUGUGUUUGUUGUGGCGUUGCCCACCAAUGCCCUGGCAAUAUGGGUGUUCCUCUUCAGGACCAAGAAGAAGAACCCGUCAUCCAUCUUCAUGGCCAACCUGGCUCUGGCUGACCUGCUCUUUGUCAUUUGGACCCCCCUGAAAAUAGCAUACCACUUCAACAGCAACAACUGGAUCUAUGGAGAGGGGCUGUGCAAAGUGCUGGUGGCCUUCUUCUACAGCAACAUGUACUGCUCCAUCUGCUUUAUCGCCUGUAUGAGCUUUCAGCGUUACUGGGCCGUGGUCCACCCGAUGUCUGAGCAGCAUAGGAACAACUGUAUAGCUGUGUCCGUCUCCACCGUGGUCUGGGUGGUGGUCUGGCUUUUCACCAUCCCUCUCUACAUGUAUGACCAAGCGGUCCGUGUAGCAGACCUCAACAUCCUCACCUGCCAUGACGUCACCAGGCCCAACCAGAAAGACAUAGCAGCAGGUUACUUCAUGACAAUGGGAAUUCUGGGAUUUUUUGCUCCCACUGUUGUGUGUGUCACAUCCUACAUCCUCAUGCUCAGGGCUCUCAGGAACAGCAUGGCAGAUGCAGCCAUCGCCAAGAAGCGACAAAAAGCCGUGGUCUUGAUCAUCACCGUCCUGGUAAUGUUCCUGGUGUGCUUCACCCCCAGUAACAUCAUGUUGAUGGUGCACUACAGCCUGCUGUUAGGUGAGACUACCAACAACCUGUACGGAUUUUACAUCACCACCCUGUGCUUGGCGAGCCUCAACUGCUGCAUUGACCCUUUUGUUUACUACUUCAUCUCGGAGGACUUCAGGGACCAUGUGAAGAAUACGUUCCUGUGCAGGAGCGAGAGGACGGUGGAGAGGAUGAGGGUGUCCUUCAGCGCGCUGAAGUUCUCCAAGAAGAGCCAGACGUACACGUCGGAGUCGGGGAACACACAGAGCAGUGAAUGCUAGUGGGUCACUGGACUUUAGACUUGAUUUCUUUUUUAAUUCUACUGUGAUUUCUUCCAUCUGUGAGGAGUUUUAGGAGUCAUCUGUAGCAGAAGCUCUGGGCGGUCUAAGUUGCUGCUGUUUUUAUUUUUGUAAAUAACAUUUUUAUAUCUUUGACAGCUUUUAUUUAAUGCACUGUUUCAGUUUUAAUCCCAUGCCAUUUUCUGAUUGCCUUUUCUUUUUGUCCAAGUUGUAAUUUUGACUGAGAUCCAACCAGUAAAAGGGCAAAUUUAAUUAUACAUAAACCUUUGCAUA